UACACCCAGGCGCCAUUCAGUCGAAUUUCUGCCAGCGCACAAGAGGUUGCAAAACACUUUUAUGUUGCACAGCAGCCAACACAGCAGGGGUCUUGAUACGAAAUCAUAAAACUGGUUUGUCAUCAAGUGGGCAUCGGUGCACCUGAGAUGCAUAUGUCAAAGGUUAUGUUCUAUUUACAAAGCCCAUCAACACGAACUCCUUCACCGUAGCUUUCAGAAAAUAAAUCAAUGAAAACGGACAAAGAAGAGGGCUACCUGACCAACUGCUGCUGCUCAACGCAUUAACCAAGACUGUGUGAGACAGAAUUAAAGUGGUCGUUGUUAAGGAUGGUCCGGUGUGAAGUAUAAAAGAGAAACAAGACUGAUCUAUUUCUGCAGACAUAUAACCAGAAUGAAUCUCAUCACAGGUUAAAUAUUAGUCCACUGUCCACUUUUGAGUUUUCAAAAGUCAUUUAACGCAAAAAUGUGUUUGGAUGAUGUUCAAAGCUGAGUUUAAUGAGAAAAGUAGAAAGUAUGGUCUUAACGAAAUUACACCAACGCUAAAAAUAGCUGAGUUAUUACUCUGUGUGAUAAAUCUAGGAGGCUUGUACUUUAAUCUGCAGCAGUAACGUGUCACUCAACCAAAAUGUAAAGCUACUGUUUAAACAGCAGCACAUCCUCUUCCUCCACUGGUGUGGAGGGGCAGACUCCUGCCCUCUCUCACUGCGUGUUCAAGACUUAAGUCUCCUCUGACAUCUCGACUUGGUCAGAGCAAUAGAUCUUCAUCCCCCUCUGAGCAUGAAGGAGCUGCUGUGGGUCGUCUUUCUAAUCAACUUCACUGGCAUCGUGCGGCUGCAAGGAGAUGUGUUCUCAGGAUUUGAUCACCAUCUUCACUGUGUGAAUGAUUACUUGUUGACUCUCAACUGCUCCCUGAAAAUUGAACCAUCAAGAAAUGCUUCCUACUGGCUCACCAUCAAGGAAAAGUAUACUCUAGACACAUAUGAUUGUUCUUUGACAAUCACCUCGGAUGGUUAUUUCUGCUCCAUCAGAGUGUCAGAAGCAGAUGAUUAUUCCUCAGAGAUGUUUACGGACUUAUCAUUGUAUGAAAUCUCACUUUGUCAGAGCCAAGGUGGUGGCUCUGACAUGUGUGAAGUCCUGGAUGAAGCGUACGAGCCAGUUAAUAACAUUAAACCAAACGCACCGUGUUGCCUCACAGUCAGCUACAACUCCAGUGAGUACCACUUCAUCUGGAAGAGCACAUACGAGGAGUACAGUUCUUCCACACAGCUGCCAAAAUAUCUGCAGUAUCAACUGUUUCUCUACAAAACAGAUGAGCAUGCUGCGGUGGGAACCCAAAUCAACACAGACGACACCAAAAUCUCUGUGAAGGAGGAGAACCUUGUGCCAGACACCAAGUAUGCUGCCAGAGUGCGGUCCAGUCCAAACAUGGUCCAUUAUAUGGGUCAGUGGAGUGACUGGUCCUCUGAUGUUCUUUGGAGGACAGAAUCAAUUUCAAAUGGUUUCCCAUCGUUUGAACUGUGUGUGGGGUUUGCUGCCCUGUCAGUGAUGGGAGCGGUCAUCUUGCUUUUGUGCUACGGGCCUGUUAAAGUCUGGAGGCAAAGAACCUUCAUCCCAACUCCUGCUCCAUACUUCCACGGAUUAUACAAAGACUACCAGGGAGACUUUAAGAGCUGGGUUGUUACUCAAGAAAACCCAGAUGCACUGAAAGAAGAGGAAACGCUUCAAAUCGACACCCUGAUUAAAUUUGUGGCCAUCCCAGAUGAUGAGUAUCCAGCCAUGUUUGAACAUCAAGUGAUGGAGGGGAGGGAAUACAGCAACGUGCCCACCUCAACCUGCGAUGCUGACCUCAGCACCCCGGACACAGGCGACAGUGUGGGCUGGCUGUCAGCUCAGGGGAGUUCAGGAAAGACUCCUGCAUGGUCUGAAACAUGGAGCCCAGCUGAUGACUCAGGGUGCUGGCUCAGCAGCGACACCUCUCUGGAGAAAGAGCCUCCCUGGUACUGCAACGAGUACUGCACCCUGAGCUGCUUCCAGCAGUCUGGCUGUGCUGCAGGAGGGCACCAGGGGGCCCUGGCUCAGCACCGAUUCUCAACAUGA